AAAGUUUUAGUUUUUACACAAACGGAAGUCAUCUGAUGUGCGAUGGAAAAGUGAAAAUCAGUGUUUUCUUUAAAUGAUGUAAAAUGGGUAACAAAAUAUCAACUUUCACAGAGGAACAACUAGAUGCAUAUCAGGAUUGUACAUUUUUCACAAGAAAAGAAAUUUUAAGAAUAUUUAACCGUUAUCGUAUGCUAUCACCAGGAAAUGUCCCUGAAGAUAUGAGAGAUGGAAAAACUAACUCAUUUAGAAUUCCUUUACCUGAGGUAGAGAAAAUGACUGAGAUCAAGGAGAAUCCAUUUAAAGAAAGAAUCUGUAAAGUGUUUUCAGAAGAUGGAUCAGGUGACAUGUCAUUUGAUGAUUUCCUGGACAUGUUUUCUGUGUUUUCUGAAGCUGCUCCUAGAGAUAUUAAAACUACAUAUGCCUUUAAAAUUUAUGAUUUUGACUGUGAUAACUUCAUAGGAAGAGAUGACUUAGAGAGGACCCUGACUUGUCUCACUAAAAAUGAACUGUCAGAUGAUGAGAAACAGUUUAUAGUUGAUAAAGUAUUAGAGGAGACAGAUCUUGAUGAUGAUGGAAUGUUGUCAUACAUAGAAUUUGAACAUGUUAUUUCUAGAUCUCCAGAUUUUCUGAACACAUUCCAUAUAAGAAUAUGACCAGAACAGUAAUUGAAGAUACAUUUUACCUUGACAGCAAGCCAGUUUUAAUCUAAAAGUUUCAACAAAUGAACUUCUUGUGAUAGGUUUUUCAGCAUGUUGAGUCAUAAUUGACUGUAAUAUUGUAUUAAUGCAGCACAUUUAAAAUCAAAGGAUGCAUGUACAUCAAUCAUCUUGAGAAAAAAAACUAAUCUAUUUAAUGUAAUUGUUGAUGAUUUGUUGUUAGUGAUGCUGAUUUGUAUCCUUAGAAACAAAAUUGAUUUGAAAAUGAAAACUUAUACAUGUAACAUUUAUAAAAACUUAUGUCUAGAUACCAUGUUAUUAUAGUUUUUGGGUAAAGAUUGCAUGAAAUGCAAUUAAAAUCCUAUUUUACUGACUUGAUAUCUAAAUCUUCAAAGGUUUUUCACUACCCAUGAGAUACACAACAUAAAGUGCAUUAUUCAUAACACUGAUACAUCCCAUUCAUGAACAUUUCCAGAAAUUUAUUGAUAAAAUAAAUACUUGUAUAUGAAAAAAAAUUUACAUAACUUAUGCAAGAUGCAGGAGUAUCUGUUCUAUAUAUAAAAAUAUCAAUUAUUUCAUUGUACAGGUCAUCUUUAAAAAUUGAAGUUAUCUCUUUUGUCCAGAAUUUAAGUUGAGCUACAACCAUUGCUUUACUUUAUUCAGUGCAACAUUUUGUUUGACUUUCCUAUGAUAAAUUAAAGCAAUCUUUACCCUACAGUGUGCAAACACGCAUUUUGAUUGAAAACAUAUACUUUAAAAGAUUUUCAAAAAUUUGGUAUCUGAUUGGGAUCUGUAAGUUUUAAAAGUUAAAACUGAAAGCUAUUCUUUACGUUAGAGAAGAAUUAAAAAAUAUCUAUGCAACUUUUUCCUCUCUGAAGAUACGUUCUCAUUUUAUAUUAUAUGCAAUGAAAUAUUCUAGUCAUUAUAAUUGUUUAUGAUUUGUUUUUGUUUCUAUAUUUUUCAAACUAUACUAUAGAUGUUAAAUCAUAAUUUUAAUAAGAAUUGAUUUAUUGAUUCACUUAAUAUGAUCAAUAAUGAUAUUUUUGAAUUGUUUUUUUACUAAUCCCAUUUUUAGUGUCAUUCUUCUGUUGAGUAAGCAUAUAUAAGAUAUAUCAUAGAUAAUAUUUGAAAAUUCAUAUGUUAAGUCAUAUUUAAUUUCAAAUGUUUUUCACUGUUCAUGUAUUUUACUUAAGGUCAAUCAAGAUGUGUGCAGUCCCAUCUGCAAUGUACAUUAUUGUAAACAAAGGCACACCCUAUGCUGCUGUACAUCUUACUUAAGACUGAACAUAUUUCAGUUAACAGAACAAAAGUCUGAAUAUUCUGAUGUAAGUUGAGGUGUUGGCAAAAUUACUCUAAAAUGGAAUGACUUAAUUAUUUAAUAUUCAGACAUUUAUGAUUGACAUUGCUCUUCAAACUCAAAAUUUAAAGUAAUGAAUUUAAAGAUAAAUAUUGAUUCAGAAUGCAAACAUUAAUUAAAGAUUAGAGAAUAUAUCAUUGUAUAUAAUGUAUAGAAAUACAAUUUUUAAGUAUUGUAAAAGAAUGUGACAAUUCGUUUGGUGUACAUGUCCAUUAAGGAAAACUUGUAAUUGUUCUUUAAAACAUCCAACAUUCACAAAAUUUAUGGAACAUCAGAUAACUUUAUCAAUUGUAUACUACUGGUUUUGAUAUGAAAAAUAAUAAUGUUGAAUACUCA